AUGAAGUUCUACAUCGAUGAUCUACCUGUAUUGUUUCCUUACCCAAGGAUCUAUCCCGAGCAAUAUGCUUAUAUGAGUGAUAUCAAGAAAACGCUCGAUGUUGGAGGAAACUGUAUACUAGAGAUGCCUUCGGGAACAGGCAAAACUAUUUCAUUAUUGUCGUUGACAGUGGCGUAUCAAAUGCACUAUCCAGAACACAGAAAGAUUGUAUACUGCUCGCGUACUAUGUCAGAGAUUGAAAAGGCUUUGAUUGAGUUGCACAAGUUGAUGGAGUUUAGAGCAAGCGAGUUGGGAUACGUUGAGGAUUUCAGGGGGUUGGGAUUGACCAGUAGAAAGAACUUAUGUUUGAACCCGUUGAUAUCGAGGGAGAAGAAGGGUAAUGUGGUGGAUGAAAUGUGUCGACGUGUGACAAAUGGACAGUUGAAGGAAAAGAUUGAAAAGGGUGUUGUCACAGAAGAAGACCAAGUGAGGGAUCCAGCAAAGUAUAGUCUAUGCUCCUACCAUGAAAAAUUGUACGAUUUGGAUCCCCAUGAGUUAGUCCCACUGGGUGUUUACUCAUUUGACGCGUUGAUCAGGUACUGUAAAGAGAUGGGAACGUGUCCGUAUUUCACUGUUCGUAGAAUGAUUCCAUUCUGCAACAUUAUUAUUUAUUCAUACCAUUAUUUAUUGGAUCCUAAAAUUGCUGAUCGAGUAUCGCGAGAAUUGUCAAAGGAUAGUAUAAUUAUAUUUGAUGAGGCACAUAAUAUCGAUAACGUUUGUAUUGAGUCGUUAUCGUUGGACUUGACUGAGGAUGUGUUGAAGCGAGCCACGCGAGGGGCAAACAAAUUGGCAGAGGCAGUUGAAGAUAUGAAGGCAAAAGAUAGUGAAAAAUUACAAAACGAAUAUGAACAGUUGGUAGAUGGGUUGCGUCAAGCUGAGGUUGAAAGAGAGCAGGAAAUGUUUAUGUCGAAUCCAAUUCUACCGCAAGAUUUAUUAGACGAAGCAAUUCCAGGUAACAUCAGAAAGGGCGAGCAUUUCAUUGCAUUUUUAAAGAGAUUUAUUGAAUAUUUAAAGACAAGGAUGAAGGUUUUGCAUGUUAUUAGUGAAACGCCAACCAGUUUCUUACAGCAUUUGAAGGAGUUGACUUAUAUUGAUAAAAAACCAUUGAAGUUUUGUUCAGAAAGAUUGUCUUUGUUGGUGAAAACGUUGGAGCUUACGGAGAUUGAGGACUUUAAUGCUUUGAAGGAUAUUGCUACUUUCGCCACUUUGGUGUCUACGUAUGACACUGGAUUUCAGUUGAUUUUGGAACCAUUCGAAACGGAGGGAAGUACGGUGCCUAAUCCUAUGCUACAUUUUACUUGUCUUGAUGCUUCUAUCGCUAUAAAGCCGGUAUUUGAAAGGUUUUCUUCAGUGAUUAUCACGUCCGGUACUAUCUCUCCCUUGGAUAUGUAUCCGAAAAUGUUGAAUUUUCAAACUGUUAUACAAGAGUCGUACGCAAUGACUUUGGCUAGGAGGUCUUUCUUGCCAAUGAUUGUGACCAAAGGCUCUGACCAAGUAUCCAUAUCUUCAAGAUUUGAAAUCAGAAAUGAUCCCUCGGUUGUGAGAAACUACGGUUCUCUUUUGAUAGAGUUUGCCAAAAUUACCCCUGACGGUAUGGUGGUGUUCUUUCCAUCAUAUCUAUAUAUGGAGUCGAUUAUUUCCAUGUGGCAGACAAUGGGUGUCUUAGACGAGGUGUGGAAGCAUAAGCUUAUCUUGGUCGAAACUCCUGAUGCUCAGGAAACCUCGUUGGCAUUGGAAACGUAUAGAAAAGCUUGUUCAAACGGGAGGGGAGCAGUUUUAUUGUCCGUUGCGCGUGGAAAGGUUUCUGAAGGAAUUGAUUUUGAUCAUCAUUAUGGAAGAACAGUAUUGAUGAUUGGUAUCCCCUUCCAAUAUACGGAAUCAAGGAUAUUAAAGGCCAGGUUGGAAUUUAUGAGAGAUCAUUUUCAAAUCAAAGAGAAUGAUUUCCUCUCUUUCGAUGCAAUGCGACACGCUGCUCAAUGCUUGGGAAGAGUUUUGCGAGGCAAAGACGAUUAUGGUAUUAUGGUGUUGGCUGAUAGACGAUUUGCAAGAAAGAAAGCGCAGUUGCCGAAAUGGAUUGCUCAGGCAUUGAAUGAUUCAGAUACUAAUUUGUCUACAGACAUGGCAUUGGCCACCGCUAAGAAGUUUUUGCGGAGUUUAGCUCAACCAACUAAUCCAAAGGAUCAAGAAGGGGUAUCGGUGUGGGACAUUGAUCAGCUUGAAGCAUAUCAGAAGCAGUACAACCAAGGUCGCAUCAAAGAAGAAGUUGAAGAGAAUGGUAAGGUUGAAGAAGUGGGUGAUGAGUUUAUAGAUAUUGAUGAUGAGGAUAUAGAUUUAUUAUAG